GGAUCCGGGUGGCUGCGAGCGGCGGGCCGGGGCCGGGGCCGGGGUCGCAGCCACAGGCAGGCCGCAGCGACCGUGCCAGCGGAUCCGGAGGGCAGCCCCUGACCCGAGGAGACCACUCUUCCCAUCUGAGGAUUUCAGGUCUCCCCCCUAAUAGGCUCCUGACAAGAUGGCAUCAGUUGGAGAACCCCCUGCUGGCCCCCGGGAUGCAGCCGACCAGAACUUUGACUACAUGUUUAAGCUACUGCUGAUUGGUAACAGCAGUGUGGGUAAGACGUCCUUCCUGUUCCGAUAUGCUGACGACUCCUUCACACCUGCCUUCGUCAGCACAGUGGGCAUCGACUUCAAAGUCAAGACGGUCUACCGUCACGACAAGAGGAUCAAGCUGCAGAUUUGGGACACAGCUGGCCAGGAACGCUACCGGACAAUCACCACAGCCUACUACCGUGGAGCCAUGGGCUUCCUGCUCAUGUAUGACAUUGCCAACCAGGAGUCCUUUGCUGCCGUACAGGACUGGGCUACACAGAUCAAGACGUAUUCCUGGGACAAUGCCCAGGUUAUCCUGGUGGGGAACAAGUGUGAUCUGGAGGAUGAGCGUGUCGUGCCUGCUGAGGAUGGCCAGAGGCUCGCUGAUGAUCUUGGUUUCGAGUUCUUUGAGGCCAGUGCCAAGGACAACAUCAAUGUGAAGCAGGUCUUUGAGCGCCUUGUGGACAUCAUCUGUGAGAAGAUGAAUGAAUCCCUGGAAUCCAGCUCCAACCCAGGCAGCAAUGGGAAGGGCCCAGCCCUGGGGGAUGCACCAGCCCCCCAGCCCAGCAGCUGUGGUUGUUAAGUGUGGUCCUAACCUUCUCCUUCCCCUCUAAGCUCCAGAGGGGUUGUGACUGAGGUGUGAGCCACAAGGGCUGUCUGCAAGCUCAGGGCACUCCUGUCCCUCCUAUUCAUUGACCAUCCUCCUAUAUGACUCCCUCUCUCUCAAUGUUGAUAAAUUCAGACAGCUCUGGGUCAGAGGUCAUGAACCCCAUGAGCUCAGCUCAGCAUGGCCUGCAGUGCUUAGGGACACUGCCAGCCAGAUGAGCUUGCAUUUUAGCAGGGUGGCUCUAGGCAGCAUGUCCCAUUUUGCCUGAUGGAAGGGUACCCAUUGUGUGCCCACUGUGUCCUCUACGUUGAGAUCACUUUCCAUGUGUGUGUUCUAUGCUGGGCAUUGUCUGGCUGAAUGUCACGUGGUAUGGGCUGUCCCAGUUCAUCUGGGGAUAAGUGGAGGCAGCCCCUAUAUCUCAGGUUUCCAGGUAGCAUUGGACCUGCCUGUGUCCUCUUACACAUCAAGGCUAUGAGUAAGGUUGCUAUUUUGGCCCUUGCAGACCCCAUCUUUCUGCUUGCAGACCAUCUACUUGAGAAUAGUAUAAAAACCUGCCUUUCUGUUAUACAAGGGACAGAAAGCCAGAGCCACCUUGCCAUCAAGGACUCCCUGAAGUGCCUUCCAAGUACUCUCAGCAUCCAUAUCACUUGUGAGCCUUUCUGUGUCACUUGGUCACUGACGCUCUGAUCCUAGAUUGAGUUCUGGCUGAAUCAGGUGGGGAUGAGAAUUGUCCAUCUUUGCAUUCCAGCACUCUGUCCAGAAGUCGCCUCAGAGCCAAGACUGGAGUCUCCCACCCAGGCCCCAUCUGGCUUCUUACAUUUUAAGCCAGAUCUUUCCAAAUAUUUAUAAUCUGCAAGAGAUGGAAAUUGAGCAACAAGCCCAUAGCAUAAAACAUUUGCUUGCAAAGCUUGGUGGCCAGGCUCAGAUCCCACGUUGUCCAUGAAAUCUGGACCCCCAGUGGUGCGAGCAUCUGGUGUCCCUUCACAGUGACAGAAGGCUCUGGUAGCCUCCCCCACUCAAACACAAGCUUGCCACUUAAGCAUGAGGGUCGCUUGGGCCAGAGAGCCCUAGUUCGACUCCCCAGAACCCAUGUAAAAUGUUGGGUGUGGCCAUGCACAUUGUGACCCCAGUCCAUGGAGGAUGGAGACCUGCACAAUCGCUGGGCUUGCUGACCCAACGGCAGCUCGGGUUGAGGGAGCGACUUGUCUCCAGGAAGUACUUGAUGAGUGACAAGAGGACACCUGCUGUCCUUGGGCCUGCACACAUGUGCAUGGGGUUCACACUUACGUGUACUCAUAACACACAUGCAAAAAAUAAAAAGAUACAUGGCCUGUC